UAAAGAUAGUUAAUAUAUAUAUCACAUGGUAAGAAGUUCGGUCCUCGAUAUUGGUCAUUAUGUCAACGUAACGGUAUCACAUCAGCUCGCUAGUUUACGGUCAAGGCUCGUAUGUGCAAAACAACACUUGUCCUGAUAUCGUGGAACAGAUUAGACGUCCCUCAAGAAAUUCAAUUUGACCAUAUUAAAUAAAUAUUUUUUCGUAAAGUAGUCGGAAAAAUGAUUAAUCUAAAAAAGACUGUAAUUAUAUUAAUAGUUGCAUCAUUUUUUAAUGCACUGAAUGCAGAACUCGAUGAUGAUUAUAUUACCAUAGAAAGUGAAGAUAAUAACGAAAUUGAAUUUAAAUCUAAAUUAGAUAUCAAUCCAAGGAAAGGAAAAAUCCUUUGGCCUUAUCCUGUGAACUAUAUGUCGGAAGAUGAAACAAAUGAGAAAAAUAAUUCUAGUCAGCACGCAGAUGAUAAUAAAAAACGGGAACAGAGAUUCUUGAGAUUUUCUUACCCUCAAAGUCCUAUCGUUGACCUGAUGAUGCAGACGGUUGGGAUCAAUUAUUCCCCUCACACCAACGACCCUUUCGAAUUUCUUCGGGACUCGUAUCCAUUACCUAAAGGUUACAGCCAACCGCUAGAUGAAUACGAUUACAUAAUAGUGGGAGCUGGUGCAGCAGGUUCGGUGCUCGCCUCUCGUCUAACUGAGGAUAAACCCAGAGCUAUGGUGCUUGUUUUGGAAGCUGGAAAACCUGAAAUGUUGCUCUCUGAUAUUCCAGCAUUAGCGCUUUAUUUACAACGUACCGAUUAUACUUGGCAGUAUUCUAUGGAACACCAACCUGGCGUUUGUUUGGGUAGCGAAGAGCAGCGGUGUUUCUGGCCACGCGGCAAAGCUGUAGGCGGUACUAGUGUUACUAACCUAAUGUUGUAUACCCGAGGACGUCCGCAAGACUGGGACAGAAUUGCAGCUGAUGGAAACUAUGGCUGGUCAUACAACGAUGUUUUAUAUUAUUAUAAAAAAUCUGAAAGAGCUGAACUGAAAAAGUAUAAAAAUGCUGAGUAUCGUGGUCGCGAAGGUGAAUUGACAGUCGAGAAUAUUCCAUUUAAAACUGGGCUUGUAGAGGCAUUUUUACAAUCUGGAAGAGAUUUUGGUCAUCCUACUGUAGACUAUAAUGCUCCUGAUCAAUUUGGUUUCGGUUAUGCUCAAACAACGACAAAUAAAGGGCACAGAUUAAGUUCAGCAAAAGCAUUUCUUCAUCCACAUAAAAGGAGAAGAAAUUUACACAUCCUUUCAGAAACCAGAGCUACAAAAGUUUUAAUUGAACCUCAAACAAAAAGGGCAUAUGCUGUAGAAUAUAUUCGAAAUGGUAUUAAAUAUACGGCGCGUUGUCGAAGAGAAGUCGUGUUAUCCGCAGGACCGAUAGCCUCGCCGCAAUUACUAAUUUUAUCUGGUGUGGGACCUAGAGAACAUUUGGAAAAUUUAGGUAUUCCAGUAGUUGCUGAUCUAAAAGUUGGAAGAACCCUUUAUGACCAUAUUGCCUUCCCAGGAGUUAUUUUCAAAUUAAAUACUACAAAUGCGAGCCUUCUAGAACCUAAAGUUGCUACUCUGCCAAAUUUAAUGCAAUGGCUUCAAUUUGGUGAUGGACUUUUAACCACUCCUGGUCUGAUUGAAGCUUUAGGUUACAUAAAAACGUCACAAUCUGAAGAUGUAGAACUUGUUCCGGAUAUUGCGUUGGUAAGCAUGGGUGGUUCUAUAACUGCAGAUGCAGGAGGCGCUACCAGAAAAGCUUGGAGAAUUUCAGAUAAGACUUAUUAUACUGCUUUCGGACCUUUAAGUGGAUCUGAUACAUGGUCGGCUGUUCCUUUACUCUUACAACCAAAAUCUAAAGGAUAUCUUGAGCUUAGAGACAACAAUCCGUACUCUUAUCCAAAAUUAUAUGGCAAUUAUUUAACAGAUCCAAAAGACAUGGCAACUUUGAAAGAGGCUGUUAAAUAUAUUAUUAGGCUAGGAGAAUCUGAAGCUUUUAAGAAAUAUAAUCCUAAGCUGUUUUUACCUGAGUAUCCUACGUGUAAAAAUCAUGCACCAGGAUCAGAUUCAUAUUGGGAAUGCGCUAUAAGGACAAUGUUAAUUACAGUGCAUCAUCAAAUAGCAACUUGUAAAAUGGGCCCAGCAAGUGAUCCUUAUGCAGUCGUAGAUCCUGAAUUAAGAGUAUACGGAAUAGGUGGAUUGAGAGUGGUAGAUUCUAGUAUUAUUCCUAGACCAACCAGUGCGCAUACUAAUGCACCAGCUAUAAUGAUAGGAGAAAAAGGGGCAGACUUGAUUAAAAAUACAUGGUUAAAUGUAGUAUCAUAAAAUAGUGAUAAUAUUAGUAGAAUUAUGUAAAUUUAUAAUGUAUAAUAAUAGUAUAUUAAAAGUAUUAUAAAAAAUAUUGUAAUUGUAUGACAUUCACGGUUAAUUAUUUCGAUUUUUACAGCAGAAAAAAACCUAAAGAGUUAAUAAUC